GUAAUUUCCAAAGUAACAAUCAAUCAAAACUAAUUAAAAAUACAAACAUAAACAUGGGAAUUACAUGUUUAUCAUCGGUACCAGUGAUAAGCACGAUAAUUGCCUAUAAUUUAUAUAGGUAAUUAUUAUUAUCUAUACAAAUAUUCAAAGAUGAAACAUGUAAAAAUCCCAAUUUAAGCAAAACCGCGCAAGGGCGUCAAAGAUGAAGAAACGGGAGUCAACGGGCAAAAGGGAUUGAGAACCAGCACUUCGGGGUCAACUACGGGCGUCAAACGGAGCAAAAAGUGAAAUAUUGCACAAAAGGACGAAACCGGUGCCGAUAUGCUCUUAGAACCAGCGCCAGUAUGAUGAUUGACUACCGCAAUGCAGCAACCAGUAGCUUAGUCAGCGCCGAUAAGGCCUUAUAACCGACUCCGGUUAUGCUAUUUUUACGGAUAUUCAGAAUACAAGUGUAGAACCGGGGCCGGUCAAGCCUGAAACCGGCGCCGGUUAGGUCGAAACCUGCACAAAACACAAUGACGUGCUUCAUAUGUUUGUUUGGAAAACUUCACCUUCCAUAUGAUAUGAUCAAAUAUUUCUUCCAUACCUGAUUGUUGGGCUCGAAUAGACUAAAAGAUGCUAAUCUUUAGCCUAUAUAAAGCCCCCCAAUUCAUCAAACAAGAUCAUCAAUCCUAUUUAGAGCAUAUAUUUAGUUUUUAUAUUCUAUUUUUGCAUUCUCUUGAAGUGUUGGAGAAGAAGCCAUUUCCCUCAUCUACAAUUGGUUCUAGGGCACCUCAUCCAACGUCCAGUUUUUGUAACGAAGAUGACGAUCAAAUCUUCUCCUUCUGCAUCGACUCUUCAAGCGAGCCGACUACGAAAAGCGACGAGGGAAUCACCUACGAAGAGAGACAACUACUCCUCUCCUUCUCCUUUUUUCUUGCCCGCAAACCACCAUUGCUCACUCUGUCGUUAUUUCCUCUAUCUUCAAACGUCUUCUUCAAGCCGCACCAAAUCCUUCAACGGCGGCAACGGACUUCGUAGAUCCGACGGCUACUUCAUCCCCCUGUCGUGGCAGCGAGCAGUAGUACAAAAAGGGCUUUUACAUCACUUUUUCAACAUGUGUUUUAUCAAAACCCAUGUAGAAUAGUGACAUGGGGUCAUUUUUGUAAUUUUGAUAAACUUUUU